UUCCUGUCAAAAUUUUUAGCGCUAGAGUAGAGUCUAGAUAUUCAUAACAUUGCCAUUAUUACAAAGAACUAUAAAGUUCGUGUUUUAGUGAAUAUAUUGUACUACUGAGAUAUUUGAUACUGAGAUAAUGUCUAUUGGCGUUCCUAUCAAAGUUCUGCAUGAAGCUGAGGGUCAUAUUGUUACUUGUGAGACAAUUACCGGCGAAGUAUAUAGGGGUAAACUGAUCGAGGCGGAAGAUAAUAUGAAUUGUCAAAUGACGCAGCUAACCGUAACCUAUCGUGAUGGCAGAACGGCUAAUUUAGAAAACGUAUAUAUUCGUGGAUCUAAAAUUCGUUUUCUAAUACUCCCUGAUAUGCUGAAAAAUGCUCCAAUGUUCAAGAAACAAGGAGCAAAGUCUGGUACGGCUGGACGAGGAAAAUCUGGAAUAUUGCGAGCUCAAGCGGCGCGUGGUCGUGGUCGGGGCAGUGGUGGAGGUGGAGGUGGAGGUGGCAAUGUAGGAAAUCGUCCCCCAGGAAAAGGAAAUUGGCAAGGACAAGGCCCAUCUGGUGGCAGAGGAAGAGGCGGAUUAUAGACAAGCCUACACAAACCUGAGUUAUGAUAUAAGACAAUUUCAUUUCAUUUCGAUUCAUAUGUAAUAAACACUGAUAUGUAAGUUUACGUAAAAAAAAGUACUAUAAAAAGUGAAACUCA